UUGGAGAGGGAUACGAAUAAUACGUUCCCAUUUAUUAUUGGACCAAUAUUAUUGAUGUACCAUUAGGGCAGUACCGAGCACCUCUUCAUUUGUAAUCACUAGAAAAUGGCUGAGAGCAGCGACGUCGAAGCCCCUCAAAAUCGAUCAGUUAAGUCAUGGCAGUCCAAAGAAGAUCGGAAUCUCUCAAAGGAGAACCACGGACACAGUUGGCACAAUAUUGCUACCCACGAAACCUGGAAGUGUGCCGCUGUCCUGGCCCCUUUAAGCAAAAUGAUGGUGGUGCAAGGGUUACUCCGUGCUUACAUCGUGGCAUUCGCACUAUAUACUGAAAGCAUCAAGAUCAAGCCGGACUGGCCGGAAAAACGUGAAUCGACGGUGAAGAAAUUUUUACCUUACGUCGUGGGUAUGUCUCUGCCUUGGUUCUUCUUUUCCGUGCCUGCCAUUGCCGCGAUGGUGAAGACCCUAUCUCUGCGGACCUGGAUAAAGGAUUUCCGUGGCACCGUCUCGGCUUCACAGAUGGAUCAACAGGCGGUCACGGUGUUCUCCGCUAAAUGUGCUAAUGUCUGCCAGAAACUGCGCAAUAUCGGCGAAUUCAAAUCGUGCGAUAUGCUGUCUGUGCGAUUGUCUGUCAAAUCGUGCGAUAUGCUUUUGCUCUUAUCUCGGACCAAGCCAUGUUCGUUGCUUACGAUCAUCUCUGGGGACCCCUGCUAUUGGCCGCAAUAGUAAAUUUCAUCGCGGGAUGGCACUACCUGCUGGAACUAGA